AUGGCGGCCAGGAAGCUGCAGACUGAGAUCGACCGGACCCUUAAGAAGGUCUCCGAAGGAGUCGAAUUAUUCGAGGGUAUAUAUGACAAAAUGCAAACCUCAACGAACCAACCGCAGAAGGAGAAGCUUGAAUUGGAACUGAAGACACAAAUCAAGAAACUUCAGCGCCUACGAGACCAAAUUAAGACGUGGGUUGCCAGCAAUGAUAUCAAAGACAAGUCGCAGCUGGUGGAGAACAGGAAGCUCAUCGAAACGCAAAUGGAGAAGUUUAAAGCUACGGAGAAGGAAAUGAAAACCAAAGCGUUCUCCAAAGAAGGACUCAUCCAAGCUGCCAAACUCGAUCCGAAAGAACAGGAGAAGGAGGAAGCCACUAUAUGGCUGCAAAAUCAAGUUGAAGAGUUACAAAUGCAAGUGGAGCAGGCCGAGGCGGAGAUCGAAGGACUGGCUGGAAAGAAGAAAAGCAAGUCGGGUCCUACCGCUGGGCGUCUCGAGGAGCUGGAGGGUUUGAAUGAACGCCGGAAGUGGCAUAUCAGCCGCCUCGAAAUCAUCUUACGUCUCCUCAACAAUGGUUCUUUAGCUGCGGAUCGUGUUACAGCUCUCAAAGACGAUGUCCAAUAUUUCGUUGAGAGUAAUACGGCACGUGAAGAGGACUUUGACGAAGAUGAAGGCAUAUAUGACGACCUCAACCUAGAUGAAGAGGAGGAGAAAUUCGGUAUCGCAGCAGAUGACGAUGAAUCGGAUGGCUCUGACAAUGGCAGCGAAGAACCUCCACCACUGCCCCGACCCAACGUUAAGAAGCACGAGGAAGAAAGUGCCUCUUCCAGCAAGCCGGCAGAAAGUCCGAUAUUAAAGAAAGCGGCAGCAGCCCUGCAAAUACGGAAACAAUCGAUAGAUGCGACAUCGAAACCUCCGCCCAAUCCAAACUUUGCCCAACAGCCCAUGUCGAGUAUCUUGAAAGCCGGACUUCCCUCCGCAGCUCCCCGCCCAGCAACAUUACCGCCCGUCCGCUAUUCAGUAGCUGCAGCGGGCGGUACCAAUGCGUCUCAUGCGGCUCCACCGCCAUCAGCAACGUUACCUCCCUCGAAUCCCCCUCAACCUACUGCCCCUCCAAUACCACCCCCUUCAGAUCCAGCCAUGUCCUCGCCAAGCCUGACGCAUCCAUCAACAAUAAGUCCGAUGCUCUCGUCGGCGGCAUCGGUUUCGCAACAACCCGAUGGCUCAUUUUAUUCUGGUCAGGACUCGCCCUUAUUGUCUGAUGGAGUUACCAGCUCUCUGGGAGGUCCAGCUGCCACAUCGUCCCCACCAAGGACGAUGCAGCGGAAAGAUGUUUUGGUCUCUCCGCGAGCCGGCUCCCAAUCACCGAGCGUUUCUCAACUGCUCGAAUCUGGGGCCUCGCAGGCUCAAAUGCCUGCAGCAUCUUCUUCACAGUCCCAACAACCCCAAUUCCCGCCAGGGGUCAAGGUUCCUCAAGGGGAACAAUCAACAGUGGAUGGUGUAUCACAACCCAGCUCACGACCACUCUCAGCGGCCCAACCAACUCCCCCGCGCACAAAUCCAAGCGCGUUUCCAGGCUCUCUUUCUGAUCUCGUGGUGUCCUUCGAGACCGUCAAGCAGAAAGGCAAGCACGAUUAUCGGAGUCAACAUAUGCCUUAUUUCUUUCCAGCCGCCAACCGAAUGAACAACUUGGAUCAAGUACAUAAAAUGUUGGAAGGUGGGUACUCGAAUGUCCCGCAGCCCCAAGAUACGGAGAAACCGAAGUACUAUGUUCCUCGCAAUCCGUAUCCCACGGCUUCAUAUUACCCUCAAGCACCUCUUGCAUUGUUGAGUACCGCCGCCAUCUUCUCUCAGCUUGAUGUGGAGACACUUUUUUACGUCUUUUAUUUCCAUCCUGGGACCUACCAGCAAUACCUUGCGGCCAAGGAGCUGAAGCGCCAGUCGUGGCGAUUCCAUGUCAAAUAUUUGACAUGGUUCCAGCGACACUCUGAACCUCAGGCGAUCACUGAGGAAUACGAGCAAGGCGUCUAUGUUUACUUUGACUGGGAAGGGUCAUGGUGCCAGCGAAAGAAGUCAGACUUUCGUUUCGAAUACCGCUACCUUUCGGAGGAUUAA